GCACGAAGACCUAUAUGAAUGGGAGGGCACAAAUGAGUUCUGUAAGGGAGCUAAUCACCUAUAAAGGAUGGUUUUAAGCAUCGCUUGAUUGCUUGAAACUUCUCCUCAGUCUCACCGUGCCUCUCAUCAUCUGGUACGUCCACCUCGCCCUCCCUCUACUUAAGUUUCAGAUAUAUGACUCGACGAUCCUUUCAAGGGAUCGAAAUAGUUUCCCCUCACAAUCUUUGCUUCAAGUUAUAUCACAUUGAGUGGUACACGACCCGCGAAUGAUGCUGCUGAGUUCCUCCUACUCCGGCGGACAAUUCCCCGGAGUUUCACCCCUUGGGACGCGACCAAAGAGAUCCACCACAGUAGUGCCUCGUCCAGUGGUCACAAGAGCAACAGCAGGUGGUGUGAGGAAUAACCUGGAAGUAGUGGGAAAUGCAGGAACCCUGCAAGGCAUGGACAUAGAUGAACUGCGGGUGAUAGUGAGGAAGCAGCUGCAGGGAGUUGAGUUAUCACCAUCUUCAUACGACACGGCAUGGGUGGCCAUGGUGCCAGUGCAGGGGUCUCGUCAGUCUCCAUGCUUCCCGCAGUGCGUCGAGUGGAUACUUCAGAACCAACAGGAGGACGGAUCAUGGGGCCAUUCUGCAGGGCCAUCAGGAGAGGUAAACAAAGAUAUUCUAUUGUCUACAUUGGCAUGUGUUCUUGCACUCAACAUAUGGAAUGUUGGUCAAGAUCACAUCAGGAGAGGACUGAGUUUCAUUGGAAGAAAUUUCUCGGUUGCCAUUGAUGGGCAAUGUGCCGCUCCUGUCGGUUUUAACAUUACAUUUUCUGGUAUGCUUCGCCUUGCCAUUGGGAUGGGUUUGAAAUUCCCUGUUAUGGAAACGGAUAUCGAUAGUAUAUUUCGCCUCCGGGAGGUCGAAUUUGAAAGGGAUGCUGGUGGCACAGCUUCAGCAAGGAAAGCCUUCAUGGCAUAUGUAUCAGAAGGGUUGGGGAGAGAACAAGAUUGGGAUCAUGUAAUGGCAUAUCAAAGGAAGAACGGUUCAUUGUUCAACUCGCCUUCCACAACAGCAGCGUCAGCGAUCCACAGCUGCAAUGACAGAGCUCUAGACUAUUUGGUCUCUCUUACAUCCAAAUUGGGUGGCCCAGUGCCAGCGAUAUAUCCAGACAAGGUAUACUCCCAGCUCUGCAUGGUGGAUACCCUUGAGAAGAUGGGGAUCUCUUCUGAUUUUGCUUGCGACAUACGCGACAUAUUGGACAUGACCUACAGUUGCUGGAUGCAAGAUGAGGAGGAGAUCAUGUUGGAUAUGGCAACGUGUGCAAAGGCAUUUCGCCUCCUUCGUAUGCACGGUUAUGACGUCAGCUCAGAGGGAAUGGCUCGAUUUGCUGAACGAUCUAGCUUCGAUGAUUCAAUUCAUGCAUAUCUCAAUGACACUAAGCCCUUGCUGGAGUUGUACAAAAGUUCACAAGUUCACUUCUUGGAAGAAGAUUUCAUACUAGAGAAUAUCGGUUCCUGGUCAGCUAAAUUACUCAAGCAACAACUCUCGUUCAACAAGAUAUCGAAAUCAUUAAUGCCAGAGGUUGAGUAUGCCCUUAAAUAUCCCUUCUAUGCAACCGUGGAAGUACUAGAGCACAAGGGGAACAUAGAGCGAUUCAACGUAAACGGCUUCCAGCGUCUGAAAUCUGGAUACUGCGGCUCCGGGGCAGACAAAGAAAUUCUAGCUUUGGCUGUCAAUAAAUUCCACUACGCCCAGUCUGUUUACCAACAAGAACUCCGGUAUCUCGAGAGCUGGGUGGCAGAAUUUAGGCUGGACGAGCUGAAAUUCGCGAGAGUGAUUCCACUGCAGUCGCUUUUGUCUGCUGUUGUCCCCUUGUUCCCCUGCGAGUUGUCCGAUGCCCGCAUUGCUUGGAGCCAGAACGCCAUACUGACGGCUGUGGUUGAUGACUUGUUCGACGGCGGAGGGUCCAUGGAGGAGAUGCUGAAUUUGGUCGCGUUAUUCGACAAAUGGGACGAUCACGGUGAGAUUGGCUUCUGCUCCAGCAACGUAGAGAUUAUGUUCAAUGCUGUUUACAACACGACCAAGCGUAUCGGCGCAAAGGCCGCACUGGUGCAGAAGCGUUGUGUCAUCGAUCAUAUUGCCGAGCAAUGGCAGGUGAUGGUGAGGGCCAUGCUGACCGAGGCAGAGUGGGCGGCGGGCAAGCACAUCCCGGCAACAAUGGGGGAGUACAUGUCGGUGGCGGAGCCGUCGUUCGCGUUGGGCCCCAUCGUCCCCGUGUCGGCGUACCUGCUCGGGGAGGAGCUGCCGGAGGAGGCGGUGCGGAGCCCGGAGUACGGCCGUCUCCUGGGGCUCGCCAGCGCCGUGGGCCGCCUCCUGAACGACGUGAUGACCUACGAGAAGGAGAUGGGCACCGGGAAGCUCAACAGCGUCGUGCUGCUGCAACCUCUCGCCGCCGGCGGCGCCGCCUCUCGCGGCGGCGGCGGCGCUCCGGCUCCGGCUCCGGCGUCCGUCGAGGCGGCCAGGGCGGAGGUGCGGAGGGCCAUCCAGGCGUCGUGGAGGGACCUGCAUGGGCUGGUGUUCGGAUCAGGCGGCGGCAGCAGCAGCAGCAUCAUUCCCCGGCCGUGCAGGGAGGUCUUCUGGCACACCGGGAAGGUGGCCAGCGUCUUCUACCAGGAGGGAGACGGCUACGCACGGAAGGCAAUGCGGAGCAUGGCCAACGCGGUGAUUCUGGAGCCACUGCACCUGCAAGAGUAACACCUGAAUUAAUUCCUACGUCUUGUUGCUUGGCAAAUGACACAUGAUGCAAAUGGCCACUCUCCCUCGCUGAACAUUUUCUAAAACUAGGAAGAAAACCCGCGCAUAUGCGCGGGCAUUUGAUUUAUUCUUUUACGAAAAUAAUGCUUACAGAAGUCAUAUAUCAUUUUAAUAUAUUUAAAUGAUAAGGAGGCCUCCUAGAUUAAAUAAAAUCAUUUGCCCCGACUA